AUGUCAAAAGAAAAUGAUACAACAAAACAAUACAAAACAGAUGAAGAAUUGAAUAAUAAUAUGAUAAUAAAUGAGAUAAUAAACAGAAUAAAUAUUUUAGAGGAAAAAGGAAAUGAGUUUGAUCAAAACAGAGACCAAAUCAUAAGUAUUUUAAUUAGAUUAGAAGAUUCAAUGCAAAUCCCAAUGAAAGAAACUGAAACAAACAACAAAAGCAAAGUCAAAAUUUUAGAAGACCAAAUCAACCAAUUUCAAAAAACAAUAAAACAUCAACAAACUGAAAAUAUUAAUCAAAAAGAAGAAAUAAAAAUUCUGAAGAAAAAAAUUGAAGAAAUGAAAGAAGAGGAUGAAAAAAAAGAGAAAAUGAUUGAAGAAUUUAAAAAGAAAUUGAAAGAAAUAAAUGAUAAUGGAAAAGAUGAAAUGAUUGAGAUAAUCAACAAAAUGAAAAAAGAAAGAGAGGUAAUGAACAUCACACUCCAAAGAAUGAAAAAUGAAAAUGAAGCUCUUAGAUCAGAAGAAGAAAAGUUAUUACAACCAAGAAAAAGAUUAAUUAGACCAUUUGAUGAAAACGUUGAAAUAAACAAAUUUAUUAAACCACCUGAAUUUACACAAAAUCAAAGAGAUUCAAAUUACAUUGAAAUUGAUUCAGAAGAACAAUUAUUUUAA